AUGAAAGAGACUGAGUACAAGGGGAAUCUUGACGAUUUUAUUGCCUUCAUUCCUGAUACGGAGUUCAUCUUUGAGAACAGAACCGACAACUGUGUAACGUUGAUGCGGGCCGGAUCUGCGAAUGGAGAUAUCACAGUUUCUUACACCAUUGGAGGAAUCGGCAUCACAUCCCCUGACGAUUUUGUAGCUGGGGAUUUCCAAAUAGUUUACCCAGCAGCAUCAAGCACAAUAAAAAUCAACGUUACAUUUAAUGAUAACACAGUCUGUGACACUGGCACUCGACUGAUAAAUGUGACCCUCACAAGCUUAGAUAAAGGAUCCCUAACUGCAACGCCUCUCAGCAAGUUUUUCCAGGUGCUCGAUGACGAUGGUGAGUGGACCGAAUGGACAACUGUACUAGGCGUCUGUGACUGUUCCACGAAUAUCCAACUACGCACCAGAAAUAGAACAUGUGAUGACAAAGGGCAGUCCUUUCGAACUUGUGUUGGUGACUCGAGCGUGUUAGAUACCAUCGAUUGUUCUGGUGAUCCUAACUGCACAUCUCCAGAUUUUAUUGCUUUCAUUCCUGAUACGGAGUUCAUCUUUGAGAACAGAACCGACAACUGUGUAACGUUGAUGCGGGCCGGAUCUGCGAAUGGAGAUAUCACAGUUUCUUACACCAUUGGAGGAAUCGGCAUCACAUCCCCUGACGAUUUUGUAGCUGGGGAUUUCCAAAUAGUUUACCCAGCAGCAUCAAGCACAAUAAAAAUCAACGUUACAUUUAAUGAUAACACAGUCUGUGACACUGGCACUCGACUGAUAAAUGUGACCCUCACAAGCUUAGAUAAAGGAUCCCUAACUGCAACGCCUCUCAGCAAGUUUUUCCAGGUGCUCGAUGACGAUGGUGAGUGGACCGAAUGGACAACUGUACUAGGCGUCUGUGACUGUUCCACGAAUAUCCAACUACGCACCAGAAAUAGAACAUGUGAUGACAAAGGGCAGUCCUUUCGAACUUGUGUUGGUGACUCGAGCGUGUUAGAUACCAUCGAUUGUUCUGGUGAUCCUAACUGCACAUCUCCAGAUUUUAUUGCUUUCAUUCCUGAUACGGAGUUCAUCUUUGAGAACAGAACCGACAACUGCGUAACAUUGAUGCGGGCCGGAUCUUCGAAUGGAGAUAUCACAGUUUCUUACACCAUUGGAGGAAUCGGCAUCACAUCCCCUGACGAUUUUGUAGCUGGGGAUUUCCAAAUAGUUUACCCAGCAGCAUCAAGCACAAUAAAAAUCAACGUUACAUUUAAUGAUAACACAGUCUGUGACACUGGCACUCGACUGAUAAAUGUGACCCUCACAAGCUUAGAUAAAGGAUCCCUAACUGCAACGCCUCUCAGCAAGUUUUUCCAGGUGCUCGAUGACGAUGGUGAGUGGACCGAGUGGACAACUGUACUUGGUGUCUGUGAAUGUUCCACCAGCACCCAACCGAGGACGAGAAACAGAACAUGUGAUGACAAAGGGCAGUCCUUUCGAACUUGUGUUGGCGACUCCAGCGUGAUGGAUACUGUCGACUGUUCUGGCACUCCUAUUUGUACCGGCACAACCACAGCUUUACCAACACCAACGACAAUAACAACAACGCCAACACUAACCACAACUACAACAUCAACACCAACAACCACGCCGACGCUAACCACAUCUACGUCAUCAAUACCGACCAUCACACCAUCACUUACGACAACAACGACAUCAACACCAUCUACAACACAAUUGCAAUCCACAACGUUUACACCAACCACAACUCCAUUGCCAACUACAACGGCACUGCUAACAACAACUACAACAUCAACACCAACAACCACGCAGACAUUAACAACAACAGCAACAUCAACACCAACAACCACUCCGACGCUAACCACAACCACAACAUCAACACCAACAACCACUCCGACGCUAACCACAACUACAACAUCAACACCAACACCACGCCAACAUUGA